UUGCUGUGACCGAGCGUGGGCGCAGGCGGAUCUCGGAAGAACUCGCUAGCGAGACUCUCCCGCGCACGCGACCUGCCUCCCGCUCCUGCUUGUCCGGUGCGGACCCACGCUUCACUUGUCGUGCCCUUUGGAGGAGCCGCCGCCGCCGCCGCCGCCGCCGCCGCCGCCGCCGCCAUAGAGGUCGGACACGCCGCGAGGCCGCCGUCACCGCCAUGCCGAAGAAUAAAGGUAAAGGAGGUAAAAACAGACGCAGAGGUAAGAAUGAGAAUGAGUCUGAAAAAAGAGAGUUGGUGUUCAAAGAAGAUGGGCAAGAGUAUGCUCAAGUCAUCAAAAUGUUGGGAAAUGGACGAUUAGAAGCGAUGUGCUUUGAUGGUGUAAAGAGGUUAUGUCAUAUCAGGGGAAAAUUGAGAAAAAAGGUUUGGAUAAAUACUUCAGACAUUAUAUUGGUUGGUCUCCGAGACUACCAGGAUAAUAAAGCUGAUGUAAUUUUAAAAUACAAUGCAGAUGAAGCUAGAAGUCUGAAGGCAUAUGGAGAGCUUCCAGAGCAUGCAAAAAUCAAUGAAACUGAUACAUUUGGUCCUGGAGAUGAUGAUGAAAUCCAAUUUGAUGACAUUGGAGAUGAUGAUGAAGACAUUGAUGAUAUCUAAAUUGAACUCAACAAUUUACAUUCCAGUUUUUCUGAGGAUUGAUCAACUUGGAUUUUGACUGUGACCCGUUAAAGAAGAUUAAAAUUUCAUUAGUAUAAUUUGUUAAAGCAGACUGAUUUAUUUCUAAGGUAUUUGUGUUUCUUUAAAAAUCAGUAAUGCUGAAAAUUCUUUUAAAUGUUAAACCCAUCUUGUUUUGAUGUAAUGGAGCUUAUGGGUAGUAAACCACAUCUGUUAUUUUAAAGAAGGAGGAAAUAAUGCAUUACUGCCUUUCCUGCCUUGAUCACUUCUAGCAAGUGGAUGUUUUGAAUAAACCAUUUGUCCUACACUCAUGAAUUAUGAUUAAGACCUAGUUUUGCAAUAACCUAUUGACUAUACAGUAACUCCUAUAUUCCAUUUAUCUAGCUAUUCCCUUGAGAUCAUGAUACAGUUUAGGGGGGAGCAGAAGUCUGCAAUUGAAGUAAGAAAUGAUUAGGUCUGAGUUUCGUAUUUAAGAAGCAUGUGGCUAUUUUUUAUACUAAUUUUGAUAACAUGUACAUUUUUUUCAUGAUCUUAUUUUGCCACUCUAAACAUGAAACAGAAAACAUUUCCAAAAGGCAGUUUUUAGAGCCUGCGUUUUAAGAGCAUUGUUGAAUUUGUAAAGUUAGUAGUUACAAAUAUUGCACACUAGGUGGCUCCCUGUUGACAUUGGAAAUAAUAGUUGGCUUUUUUUUUUUUUUUUUUUUUUUUUGGUUUUUACAGUGCAUAGGAAAUUUCCCUAACAGGAAAAGAUUGUUUUGAUCAUGUGCAUGUGCGUAUUUUUCCAGAACAAAAAAAUUAUGUUAAGUCAUGUACAUGUAAGCUACAUUUGAGUGCUUUGUAAACUUUUAAAUUAUGUAUAAAUGAAAGUUAAAGUUCAUGACAACCUGUAGAAAAAUAAACUUUUUUCAAACUGUCCCUCAGUUGGGCAAAGAAGAAGUGAAUAACUUAAUAAGAUGGUCUCCAAAUGAGAUGGACAAGCUACAGCUAAGAAAUACAAUAAAGACAUUGUCGUGCUGCAGAGUAUAUUACACUCUUAUUUUGUGUGCCAGGAUGUAUUUUAUUGUGUGUACAAAUUUUUUGCUUAUAUUUUACUGGGAAUUUAGAGAUUUACCCUUUUUAAUAGCAAAUGAUAUUAAGGGCUGGGCUAGUUAGACCUCACUGGCCACUUGAAAUUGCAUGCAACUCUUAAGAGAAGAGAUUCAUUAUGUAGCAUGUAAAACAUUUACUCCACUGUUCUCCAGAGAACUUUCUAGUGACUAAUACAAAAGGCAAUGCACCUUGUUUCAAAAAACAAGCAAAUGAUUUCAAUUUCAUGCUUAGAAUAUCUUCACUCAGUGUGCAAACUCUUAAAUCAAAAUCUGAGGUACUGUAGAAAAUUAUUACAUUAAAGGAUGGAUACUAAGAAUACACAGUUGGGGUUUUCAUGUUCCUUACUCUGUGGAGUUCCUUACCACUGAUUUAGGUGGGAGUGUUUGAGACCGUGUUGUUUGGCCGACGUUAGCUCUGUAUCUGUGAUAGUUCAUGGUAGGGGCGGUGCGACUCAAGCAUGAGUUUUCCUACUUGCCUCCUCUAACAAAGUUUAGCUACAGGAUUCUUUGAAGUUGAAAAGUACAACUAUGACUCCAAACGUGUUUGCUAAUGAUAAUUUUUCCUAUUGCCUAUGUAGUAACAGCCUGGCCUAGUGCUGUUGUAUUCUGGAAAAUCUCAAAUCAUAAUGAUUCAAAUGGUUGGGGUACAUUUGUAGCUUGUAUGCAACACUACUUGGAGGAGUUAUUUUACUAACUUGUUUUAAUAAUGGAGAGUGAAUAGUUUUCAUUGAUGUGAUUAUAUUUCAAAUGAGGAACUUGAAAUGUUUGGCUUUGGGGGACUUUUUGGUUAUACUCUUGAUUUCUAUAAUACAGUGCUAUAAGGUAUGUUCUGAAAGAAAAGAAAAUGUUUGAAAUCCAAAAAUAAUGUUCUUUGUACUAAUAGGGUAUAGAAGUUAUUUCUAGUGGAUUUGAUAAGGCUGUACUAUUCUACUUCUGUUGAGAGUAUAAAUAUGUUGUUACUAAGUGGCUGGAAAUCCAAACCAAGCUUUUCUGUAAAAAGACUUGCUUAAGAUUUGAUUGACUGUUGAGCGAACCUUGAGUAUCCAGCCUGUAAAGCGACCACCCCUAAGGGAGUCUGUAAACUGCAUGAUGAAAUUUCUGUACUAAGGUGUGGCCAUUGCUUUACUCACCACAUCUGUGGAGUUGUGACAAGUGUAGUUGCUUAUACAACUUGUGACUUGUAGUUUAACUUAAUCUCAUCUAUCUUGUGUAAAUAUUAAAUUAUGGGAUAUUGAAUAACAAAUAGAUAUAAACUGCUGUCAGCAAUUGAGUCAUUAAAUAGGUUUUUUUUUUUAAAGGCAUGUUUUAGUUACAGUACCUAGCUGGAUUUUAUUAUGUACAUAAUAAACAACAACCAGUAUUAACUGUGACUUGACAUUUAAAGUAUCAGAAUGAAAUUGAGGCUCUUUGUUACCUAUCUGUCACAAAGAGUUAAACAAAAUUGUAUUGCUAUGGAAUGUUAGCUCUUUAUCCUGCAUAGUAAGGAACAGUUUCAUUGAUACUGUUUGGACUUCCAUGAACUUUUACACACCACUCUAUUUUCUCUAGCCUCUCAGGUACAGAGCAAGCUGAGGAAUUUGGAGUGUGUAUUGGACUGUGUCCUCUUACCCCAGCUAGCUGCCAGGUACUUGGGAGGCAGUGGGAUGGAGUCUUAAAAAAUGGGUCAUGGGGCCCCAUCCCCAACUUGUGCCAUUUACUUGCAGGUCAUGGGCACCUUCUCCAACUUGUCUGAGCUUCAGGCUCCUCACCUGUAAGCUCACGAUGAUAAGAAAAGAACCUGCUGAAUUUUUGAGGGGAUUCAUAUCUUAUGUGUUGAUACGUCUGAUGCUCUCAGGGCAGCGCCCGCUGCUUUUCGUUGGUCUCCAAGCCUGUCACAUGGAAUGUAUGUGUCUGUCAUAUUCUCUGUUUACCAUUUCUUUUACAUGCCUUCUUUGGUUUCUAUAAUAAAGGAAACAUGUGGAAUACAUA